AUGAGUGUAGAACUUUUAGACAACCCGCGUUUUCAUGGUUUCAGAGUACGCCGCCAGAUUGAUGGCAAAACCUACCAGGAGUAUUUUUCGCUGAAAGAAAAUGGCAAACGCCUGCGUGGUGCAAAACGCGCUGCCGUUAAAGAGAUCGCGGAAAAACGCGAUGCAGAAUUGUCAGGGCUGCAGCAGAAAAGCAAAGACAAAGCAGAUAAGGAAAUUCAGCUGGAUGAUAACGGACAGGUCAAAGGUAUUCUUUGCCGUCUGAAGAAAGAGAAAAGCGGCACCAUGACGCCGGUUUUUCAGGUUGGCAUCAUGUCUCGCGUCAGCGGCAAGAUUGUGAACACGACAGUAUCUCUGAACAAGCAUGGUAUACCUGGUGCCUGGGAGAAAGCGGUAGAUUUUUACUGCACUCACAAACAAAUCAGCAAACGCUCAAAAAUCUAUAAAGAUCUGCUGGCACGCUGUCCUAAGAAAGCUCAGGUAACCAAGUUCCUGAAAGCAGCAGAUAUGGGCUACGCUGAGAUCUAUCAACACUCGCUCACGGAUCCGGAAGGAUUCUGGGCGACUCAGGCGCAGCUCAUCCCCUGGUUUGAACCACCCGAAACCAUUCUUGAUCAGGACCCAAACGGCGCCUGGCGUUGGUUUCGGGGUGGUAAACUGAAUUCGUGUUAUGUCGCGCUAGAUCAACACGUAGCUGCUGGUCGCGGUGACGCAACCGCACUGAUCUACGAUUCCCCCGCCACCAAUACCGUGGCCCAUUAUAGUUUUUCUCAGCUCACUGCCUGGACUGCUCAAGUUGCAGGUGCAUUGCAGCGGCUCGGUGUUGGCAAAGGUGACCGGGUUGUGAUUUAUAUGCCGAUGAUUCCGGAAACCGCAGUCGCCAUGCUUGCCUGUGCGCGUAUUGGUGCGGUGCACUCGGUGGUAUUCGGCGGUUUCGCAGCACCGGAGCUGGCGAUGCGCAUUGAUGAUGCAACGCCUAAGGUUGUGCUCUCCGCCUCCUGUGGCAUUGAGUUCGAUCGCGUUAUUGAAUAUAAACCGUUGCUGGAUGAAGCGAUCACCCUGGCAGAUCAUAAGCCUGACCAUUGCGUUAUUGUGCAACGGCCGCAGGCACAAGCCGCUUUAACUGAACCUCGAGAUCUGGAUUGGCAGUCCUGGCAGGACGAUCCCGACGUAGUACCCGCAGAUUGCGUAGCGGUGGACGCCACCGAUCCACUUUAUAUCCUCUAUACGUCUGGAACGACCGGUAAACCUAAGGGCGUGGUCCGGGAUAAUGGUGGUCAUGCCGUUGCUCUGAAUUACAGCAUGCAGGCCAUUUAUGGAGUAGAUGUCGGUGACGUUUACUGGGCCGCUUCAGAUGUCGGUUGGGUCGUAGGCCAUUCAUAUAUCGUUUACGGACCUCUGUUUCGCGGCUGUACCACCGUUUUGUAUGAAGGCAAGCCUGUGCGCACCCCUGAUGCAGGUGCGUUCUGGCGGGUGUUAGCGCAGCAUAAAGUGAAAAGUUUUUUUGUUGCGCCGACGGCGUUCCGGGCGAUCAAAAAAGAGGAUCCGGAUUGUCUGUUGAAGCAGAAAUACGAUCUGUCCAACUUAAAGUAUCAGUUUGUUGCCGGCGAGCGACUGGAUCCACCGACCUAUCACUGGCUGCAGGAACACCUGCCCGGUAUUCCCAUCAUCGAUCACUGGUGGCAGACGGAGACCGGCUGGUCCAUGUGUACCAACAUGGCUGGCGUGGAAUUACUGGAAACCAAAGCCGGUUCUCCAACGCUGCCCGCGCCUGGUUAUGACAUCCGCAUACUCGACGAUGAUGGCAAAGAGCUGGGUCCCAACAGCGAAGGGUCUAUUGUGGUCAAAGCGCCGCUGCCGCCAGGUUCUUUUCCAACGGUUUGGGGUGACCACGAUCGGUUUGUGGAAAGCUACUGGUCGCAAUUUCCCGGUUUCUAUCUGACCGGCGAUGGGGGCUAUCGCGACGAAGACGGGUAUCUCUUUGUGAUGGGUCGCAUUGACGAUGUGAUUAAUGUGGCGGGUCAUCGAUUGUCCACGGGCCAGAUUGAAGAAGUUGUUGCCGAGCAUGCCGCCGUGGCGGAAUGCGCGGUUAUCGGCAUCAACGAUGUCGACAAAGGGCAGGUGCCUAUGGGUCUGCUGCUGUUGAAAGAUGGUGUCAACAUCAGCGCCGAGGAUCUGCAGGCUGAGCUGGUGACCAUGGUGCGUCAGAAUGUGGGGGCUAUUGCAAACUUCAAGCGCGCUGUUGUUGUUUCGCGCCUGCCCAAAACGCGUUCCGGUAAAAUUCUGCGCAAAGUGAUGCGCAAGAUGGUUGAUGGAGAACAAUACACUGUGCCCUCAACCAUUGAUGAUGUUUCGAUUAUUGCUGAACUUGAAACGACUUUGCGGGCAGCGGGUGUGAUCCGGUAG